AUGAAUGCAACCUUCACGCAAUUUGUCUUUGCAUCAUUAUUUUAUUUCUUUUACUUUAUAUUUGGUAUGCAAGAUGAUGAAGUGGAUAUGAUAAGGAGCAGUGACCUUAGCCCUUUUUUUUUUUUGUUAGUUGCUAUUGGUUUUCCAUGGGAUUCCUUCUUGAAAUCCCAACUUAGCUUUUUUGCAUUUCUGGUUAUUGAGCUGAUACAUGGAGUGUUUUUUAUCUUUGGUUGUUAUGGAUGGCGUAGUGCUACUCUGCAAGUGAUCUAUUCUUUUCCAUUUUCAUUUUGGGACAGAGGAUUUCUUCCUUUAUCAGCUGCACUGUUGUCAACAACUAUUUUGCAUUCUGAAGCUGAAGAUAUUGUGGACAUUUCUAUGGAGAUUGUAAAAAUUGUUCUGGCGACAAAUAUUGCUGAAAGUAGCAUCACCAUAGAUGAUGUUGUGUAUGUUGUAGACUGUGGAAAGGCAAAGGAAACAAGUUAUGAUGCUCUUAACAAGCUGGCAUGUCUGUUACCAUCAUGGAUUUCAAAGGCUUCAGCACAUCAGUUUCACCUGUUACCAAGUUUGUCACUUUUUGAUAUGGUGGGUCAAUUUCAGAGACGGGGUCGUGCUGGCCGUGUGCAACCUGGAGUUGCAACUUGGAACCGUGGGAUCAUUUUUGGCAAGGCACUUCAGCCGCCAGAUCCUCUUUCUGUUCAAAAUGCGAUUGAGCUUCUUAAAACAAUUGGAGCUUUGAAUGAUGCAGAGGAGCUUACUCCGCUUGCUUUGACAAUUGCAGCUGCUCUUGCACAUCGUGACCCUUUUGUCCUUCCAAUAAAUAGGAAAGAGGAAGCUGAUGCAGCAAAAAGAUCCUUUGCUGGUGAUUCUUGCAGUGACCAUAUAGCACUUCUUAAAGCUUUUGAAGGAUAUAAAGAUGCAAAACGUAAUGGAAGAGAGAGAGCAUUUUGUUGGGAAAAUUUUUUAUCACCAAGUGACCUUGCAGAUGAUGGAGGAUAUGAGAAAUCAGCUUACAACCGGUACAGCCAUGAUCUGGAGAUGGUAUGUGCCAUCCUUUGUGCUGGGCUUUACCCAAAUGUUGUGCAAUGCAAAAGAAAGGGAAAGCGUACAGCAUUCUAUACUAAAGAAGUUGGAAAAGUUGACAUUCAUCCUGCAUCUGUUAAUGCAGGGUUCAUCACUUCCCUCUGCCUUACAUGGUUUACAGUGAAAAGGUUAAAACAACCAGCAUAUUUAUCCGAGACUCAACAAACAUAUCUGAUUAUGCUUUGCUUCUGUUUGGUGGAAACUGCUGGUGAACUUGACAAGCUUUUGAACAGAAAGGUUGAAGAACCAGGAUUUGACAUUCCUGCCAGAAGGAAGGGAGUGGUGUCUGCUGUGGUUGAAUUAUUGCACAGUCAAAAUGUUCGCAAUAUGGAGAAGAAAAAAAGGGGGAAGGGGUGGGGGAAGGAGGACAUGGUCCUAGGUUAUUUUUUACUUAUCCUUCUGUCCGCCUUUCCAAAAUCAGGCGUCUCCUGUUUCAAUGGAAAAUACAGUAAGGCAGCUCUUCCGAUGAUAUCUUCCUGUUGA